AUGGAGCGUGCAGUCCUUCCAGGCGAAGUUGUCACAGCAAAGUGCACAAUUCAAAUGUUAUCAUCUAUCGGCUCUGGAUCCAAUGGUAACGUCUUCCUUUUGUUCGAUCUCCAUACAGCUGGCCUUCUUCACUAUUUUGAAGGUCCUUGCUUAAAGCUUGAGCUUUACGGUCAAAAAGCAUUAUUAAGAUCAUUACCACUCAUUGAUUUUGAUCCUGCAACAUUCAUGUUUGCAUCUGCAGAUCUUGGUCGUACUGCUUGGGUUAACGCAUUCGCUCGUGAAACAGGAACACCAGUCGCGUUCAUCAGAAAAGUCCGAACAAUGGUUGGUUCUGAAUCAAGAUCACAAGCAUUUGAAGUUAUCGGUUGUGUAAAAGAUAAGCACGUAGUAAUUUACGAUGAUAUGACAAGAAGUGGUUCAACUCUUGUUCACGCAGCCGAGAAGUACCUUUCUGUUGGUGCACUUUCAGUUGACGUUCUUGUUUCUCACUUCCUUCCAAACGAUGAAGAAGUUAUCAACUACAUAAUUAAGAGUCCUCUCAGGAAGAUUGUUGCUUUGAAUACACAUCCAGCAACUCAAAUGCCUCUCAUUGCCCAGCAUCCAGAAAAAUUCGUAAUCGCUGACUGCAGCAACGAAUUUGUUGAUUGUUUGAAGGAAAUCAUUCCAAAGAAUUAA